AUGUACCUUAUAUUCUUUUUAUUCCAUACUGUGUUUUCAAGAAAUCCUCGUAAAUUUUAUUUAGCUGGGUGCACCUGGUCAUCCCCUCCUAAAAUUAUAUCAAUAAUUCCUACCCCAUCUGUAAUUUCUCUGCAAUGGACUUUUCCCACUAAUAAUGGAUACACUUUGACACUUUAUCAGGUAGAAUAUGCGACCCCAAAUUGGACUAACUGAAAAACAUCGACUAAUAUAGGAAUGAUUAAUUGGACUUAUAUCUAUUUAUAGUAAAUAUAAAUUUCAUAAUAAAUACCCUGCUAUUUAUAAUAAAUAGGUAUAUCCCCAAGCGCCUCUAUCAGAUAUGCUUUUAGGUACUUUUUAUGUCAGAUUCUAUGUGAAAUGAUUUUCAAUUAGGCUACCAAGGCCAGUUUCGGUAUGCCCAAAUCAAUGUUGUGUCGAGUAUGGUUUAUAGGAUAAGGGUCAGAGGUUUGGCUGAGAAUUGUGACUGAAGCCCUUGGAGUGAUAUAAACAUCACUAACUCUUUAGGGGAAAAAUGAUCAUUUUUAGAAGUCCAAGGCACAGGGUCUAACAACCUGAUGCCGGCUUAUGUGAAGCUUGGGAACUCUUAUUUAUUGUAUUCAGAAAGUAUUAGAGGACUACACCUAAUGGUUUUGCACCGCCAAGACCUUUCUGUUGUGUAUAACCACACUUACGAUACUUUUGGGAGCGUCCUUGAUUCCACUAAUUUGGCGAUACAGCUGUCUAGUUAUAAUGCAAAUUACCUUAUCAUACUAAUCAGCUGUGACGCGUGAGAAAAGAACUUUAUCAGAUCUUUAGGCAUUGCAAUCCAAAACCUUGGCGGAAUUUUUAUGCUAUUUUAUAUGAAUUUCUGUAAAUUUAUCAAUAUUUCUAUAGUUUUUUGUCUGCCUGAUAUAGAUUAAUUAAAGAAUUUGGAAAUGUAAAUGCAGUUUACCCUUCUUAUAAAACAGUCACUUCAACCCCUUAUCGGCACCCUUAUGCGUUCAUUGGGAUUCCAGGCCAAGCCAAGAUAGACGGCCAAAACUUUGAAGCUCUCCGCAACAACACAGAGUACUACAACUACAAUGACACCAAGUAUCAUGCAAUUCCUACAGCAAAACUCAGAGUCACCCUUAGACUCAACAGCCUGCGACAAUUUUACUUCUUAUCAAGCUCCAGUACCUGGAAGAUCGGCAGAGAUUUUAGCUAA